UUUAAUAAUUGAAUGUAGGAUGUUAGCUAUGGAGUAUGGGGUGCCCCAAUACGCUGAACGCAAGGGAUCACUGCUCCUCCGAUCCAACCAUUGCUCCUUUAGAAAAGGGGUCCGUAACACAAACUGGCACCAAAUGAGAGAAUCCGAACCAAAAGACUACGACAUAACCAAUCCCAAUAAUUACAAUCUUCACAAGUCAACGUAUUGCAACGGAGUCGGGCAAUACGUAUUUGAGAAACCUCCAAUAAGCGAAAUGAAAGAGCGAAUGUCGGACUUGCACAAGAAGUCAGAUUUCCAAAGAAAGGAAGUUCACAAGUUUAUGCUCGAUCAGGACGCUUUCAAACAAGUCGACUGGAAAAAGGUUCAGGAGGGGGGUAUAAUCAGACACACAUCAAAUCACAAUGUGAUGUUUCUGGGUACAACCAACAGAGAGGACUACAAACCACCAUUUGAGUACAAACCUUAUGCCAUUAAAAACGUGAGUAUAAAGCCGGAAAUGAAAUGGCGGAAGACUCACAGCGAGCUUUACGAUACGUGUGACCACCGGAGACGGGGAGUCAACACUUGGCAGGACGAAUACAGGGUCUCCAAGACUGGAGGUGGUCCUAGUACUGUCAUCAGGGGUAAACCGAUUGAGAUGCCGAGAAGUUCAGUUUUCUCAAGAUACACAAGAUUGACAAGAUAAAUAACGUCAACUAUUUAGAGACUGCAAAAGAGAUUUGCAAAGAUCAGGAAUUCUACGAUUUUAGUAGGAACAAAGAGUUUGAUUUGACGCAUUAGACGAUGAAUGAUUUCUAUAUUUAAUUGAAGAUUUGAGUAAUGAUCGGUGAAGUGUACAUUUAGGGUAGGAUUAUUAUAGAUCUUGCCAGAUUAUUAUUGUUCCCAUUUGUGAAAUUUAUAAAGUGAUUUAUACAGUUUAAGUCUUCUUGUCACUAA